GGAGGCUCCGAGGGCGGGAGGUGUCCCGUAAGCCGCUGCCAAGUGCGCCUGCAGCGCGGCCGGGUGACGUGCGCGGGGCUGGGAGGGAGCGGCGGAGGGCCGGGGGACGGGUGAGAGGUGCGGGGCCGAAGGCAGCGCCCCCCGUGAGGCCGAUGGGCUUCGGGGGCGGCCGUGUGCGCGCCCUGUCCCGGCGCUGCCCCUUCGGGUGUUGCGCUGUGUCCGUCCCGGGGCGUUGGGUUUGCGCACGUCCGCAGCGCUGGGUCGAAGUCCUCGGGUCCCUCUCGUUCGCCCCGGCAGCGGCCGGAGAGCCUCCGGCAGUCGCGUUCAGCGGGGAUGUGUGACCUCGGGGAUGCUCAGGUGGCAUUUCCCCAACGGCGGUGCCCGCAGCCGCCGCAGGCAGCGGCUGGCAGGGCAGUUCCUGGUUCGCGCGAGGUCACCGCGGGGGAUGGCGCACAGUUCCUUGGCUCUGCCUUUCCUGUCUGCGUCCAAUUCUUUCGAAGAAACUCGAGGCUGGAGCUCGCAGGUUCUGCCCGGGCCUCCUGAGCCGGGUAGUGCAUCAGCAUAGAGAAAUUAGUUUCUCUAAUUGGCCGUUUAGAUGCUAAUUUGCUUCUCGGAGCCCUGUGCCAGGUCAGCCUGCUCCAGAACGUGAGUCAAAGAGCUGAGCAGCAUGAAUUAUGCACCCAGCAAAGCACCUGCGGGGCUGAGGCUGGAUGGGUACAGACCCACGUUGGCAGACCCAGCUGGCUGCCCUCCCCUGCGCUGCAGGCUGAGCGGAUCUGCUUGGGCACAGCCUGCUUCUUUGUGGCUCACCAUACAUCAAGCAGCCACGUUAAUGGGCGCCUCUCAUUAAUACAGGCUCGUUGGUACCGUGUGCCGGUUUUCCUGUAGAGCUGAUUUUUAUCUUCCUCCCUCCCAGGACUGGCAUGGACCUGCAGGGCGUUUUGCUUUGUAAUGUCUUUAAUAAGCGCCGUCUUAAUGCAGUUGGGCUUCUGCCAUUGCUGCUGUGCCUGGGGAGCAGCUGUGGGGCAUGGGAACCUUCUGUUUUAUUCCCCACGUGCUCCGUUUGGAGGUGUCCCAGAGCCGUGGGGAUGUGGUCAGUGGGCACGGUGGGGGGUGUUGGACUCGGGGGUCUGAGGGGUCUUUUCCAGCCUUAAUGGUUCCAUGGUUCUGUGACUGUAUGAGCAGCAAAGCCCUGAUUGAAGCUGGUGCUUGUUUGGGCACAGUCACACCUCUCAGUGCCUUCAAACAGCCUCGUGUCCAACCACGGAGCCUUUCUGCACCGAUGGAGCCCGGCCCGGUGCCCUUAUCUCCCUCAUUUCUCCUCUGUCAUAGCAACAGGAGCGAGCACUCACCCAGUUGCUAAGGUUAUGGGGAUAAUGGGGUCUGGUGCCGGAGCUGAGAGUAAUUACAGCACGUCUUUGAGGGAGAGGCUGGAAGGGACGCGGGGCUGGGAUGGCCCUGAUGUGUGUGGUGGUCCUGGGGGAAGCCAUGAGCCCGGAGCAGGAGAGGUAAUUACAGCAGCUGAGGAGCUGGAGCUCAGCUCUGUGCCACCGCUUCGGUUUUGUUUCAUUUUAAAGUAUUUAAAAGGAAAAAAAAAUAAUAAUUGCCUAAUUAAUUUCCUAUAAAAACAAAUUAAAACAGAUUGCGAGCUGCUUAGCUGAAAUAACCGGGCUGUGAAAGCUGGCUGGGGAGCUCCUGAUGGGGCCGUGGAGGGCGUUGUGGUGUUUGCAGGGCUGUGAGGAGUUCAUGCUUUGCGGGCAUCCGCAGGCAGCUCAAUGUCAGCAAAACCUCCCAGCUUCAGCUGUGAUGUAGGCACUAUUUGAGGUGGAGGAUGUGAUCCUGGAGCACCCCCAGGGCUGCCCAGCAGGAAGGGACCCCCAGUUCCACAUUGCAGGGCUGUCACCAGCACAGCCCUGCUGCUGCUUCCCCUCUGCUCUCUGUUGGAGCUGCAGAGCAGUGUGGUUCUACAUCCCCCCCCCCCCCCCCCUCCAUGCUGCCGACUCACUGCUGAGCACAGCCAGGUGCACACAGCUUUAAUGAGGAUUUGUUCCGCCUGAUUUCUUCCAUCAUAGGGGAAGGAGCAAACAGGUGGAGGGCUGUUGAGCAGGUCACAGGAUGAUGGGAGGAACGAACUCUCCAUCUCAGACCUCCCAUCCCAGUGUAGUUCUGCUCUCGGUGUUUCUGGUUAGGCUGAUUGUGCUGCACUCCGUGUCCUGGACAGAGAUAAGAGAGAGGAUGCUCUGUGCUGUUCCCAUUGUGGUGUCAUCAGUCCUGUGGCCAUGUGUGUUCCUUUCUUUCCAACCCCGUUACUGUUCCUGUUCCCUCCCCAGCAGAGCCUGCAGUACUACAGCAUUCUCAUUUCCUCCACUGAGGCACUUGCGUCCACCUGGGCAUCUUGCAGAGGCAAAGUGCAGAGCCAUCUGCAGCGUUACCACUUGCCUUCAGCCCCGUUGGAGCAGAUAAAGCUCUGCAGAGCAGGGCGAGAUGCAUUCAGCUGUUUCCCACCCUGUGUGCACAGCUGCUGGCAAAGCAAAGUGCUGUCCUGGGGCUGACUUCCAGAUAGGCACCCCCAGGUGCUGGGCACCGUGGUGCACGGGCUGUGCUUUGCUCCACGUGUGCCUGAGCGGAAGGGCAGGCCGGGCUGGAGCAGCUCUGAGCUCCUGAUGGAGCAGCGGGUGUCCGUGCGCCCUGCGGCCGGUUGGGCCAGAUGGUCUUAAAGGUCCCUUCCUACAGCUCUGUGGUGCAGAGCUGACCCUUCAGGAUGGGCUGCACCAUGGGCUCUGCAACCCAGGUCGGCGCUCUGUGCUGGGGCUGAUUGCAGCACAGGGCUGCAUCGAUCUGCAUGAGCUGCUGCCACUAUAAAAGGGCCAAGGCUGUGUGUGCUGCGGGGCUCUGUGCCUGGCACGGCAGCUCGGUGUCAGCAGCAGGCGUGGGUGCGGGCGCGGAGCCACAGCGCCGGGUGAGUGUGCUGUGAAUUGAGGCUGGAACAUGUGUUUCCUUGGGAAUUACGGCGCGGUUGGCAGGUGGUGGGACUCACUGCUUUUGGAUCCGAUGCGGUGUUUGCCAAACAGCGUUAAGCGCGUUAUCUCCGCUCAGCAGGUAUGGUUUCAAAGCUGGCGUGUGCCUGUUCUGGGGAAGGUAAGUAUUAAUACCUGGAAAUGGAUGCUCCAGGGAGCAGAUCCAGGCGGAGGAAGGCUGGGUGCAUCGCGGUGCCACUGCUCACAUCUGCUGGCUGCCCUUCUGGGCGCCGGCGUGAGCGCAGGAGGAGCGCUGCAGGGAGAGGUGCUGCCUCCAGCACAUGCAAACAAGCUGCUAUUGUGGGCUGCGUUAUAAAUAUCCAGCUCUUACGGAGGCAGCUUGAAUGAACGGAGUGCCUUGCCACUGUUUGUGCCGACUGCCGCCUGGGCUUUUGUUUGUUACCCCCAUGAAGAGGCGAAAGCCCAGCAACCGCCGCGUCCCGCUGUCCUUCAGACCGCUGCAGUGUUGGGCUGCGGAGGUGACGGGGCAGAGAUCGUAGCAAACACCACUUUUCUCUGGCUUUGCAAUGAAAAAUGGCAGCGGAUCCGACAGCCGUUGGCCUUCCGCAGAGCGCUAUAAAACAGCUCCCGGCUCCGUCUGAGCGCAGCGCUAGGAGCUAUUUAUUGGUGUGCCAUGGCCGACACCAUUUUUGGCAGUGGGACGGGCCCCUGGGUGUGCCCCAAUGACCGGCAGCUGGCUCUGCGUGCCAAGCUCCAGACAGGCUGGUCGGUGCACACGUUCCAGACAGAGAAGCAGAGGAAGAUGCAGGCUCUGAGCCCGCAGGAGCUUGAGGUCAUUCUGGAAGUCAUCCGCAAGGCAGAGAAGCUGGACGUUGUGGAGCAGCAGCGCAUCGGGCGCCUGGUGGAGCGGCUGGAGAACAUGAGGAAGAACGCGAUGGGGAACGGCCUGUCACAGUGCUUGCUGUGCAGUGAGCUGCUCGGGCUGCUGGGGAGCACAUCAGUUUUCUGCCAGGAUUGCAAAAAGAAAGUCUGCACCAAAUGUGGCAUCGAAACCUUCGGAGCCCAGAAACGGCCCCUUUGGCUGUGCAAGAUCUGCAGCGAACAGCGAGAGGUCUGGAAGAGGUCCGGCGCGUGGUUCUACAAAGGGCUGCCCAAGUACAUCACACCUCUGAAGAGCAGCAGCAGAGCUGGUGAGGUGCCCUCGCAGCCCUGGCAGAGCGAGGCUGCUGUGCUGGAGGCAGGGAGCGUGGGGACGGGCCGCUCCUUCACCUGGGCCAGGGGCAAAGUGGUUUCUAGCGACAGCGACUCGGAGCUCAGCUCUUCCAGCCAGGAGGACAGGCCUUCAUCUGUGGGGUCCAAAGGCUCUCCAGGAGGAAAGCAGCAAGCGGGCCAGGUGCUCUCCGGGGAGCCCGGCCGUCCCAUGAGGGUGUCUGGGAGCCGUGGCAGCGCAGGCAGCGGGCAGGGAGAGAGCUGCCAUAGUGACCAGGCAGCAGAUGGGCACAACAGCGGCGGCGGCAGAGCCCCAGGCAAACGGGGCACCCACAGCACAACCCGGUGCUGACGGAGGUGAAGAUGGAGCUGAGCUGCCUGAACCCAACGCCUGCCCUCUCCUGUAGGCCUCACUAUGGACAUGGCCUGGUGCCAAUGGGGACCGUGGUGAGGCCAGCCCUGCACCAGCACCAGCACCAGCCUAUCUCCUCCCUGCCCCCCUGCCCUGCUUCUGGUUUGGUCAUCAUGCCCUGCACUGUUGGCCAUGCAGCAGGGCCAGGACCAGUGCAUGCACUGCAGCUCUGGGUGGGAGAACACCCCCCGCCCCCCUACACACACACACUCCCCUACAGCUGGCUGUCCAAAUCAGCUAAAAGCUUUCAAAUUACUUUAUCUCGUUAAGCUCUGCAGAUUCUCCUCCCACGUGCACACCUUGUAAUCUCCUGCACAAACAGGGGCCUGCGCUGUGCCUUUUUCCUGGAAGUCUCGAGCAUCUGGCUGCACUGAUGGUGUCACCAUGAGUCAGGCUGAGAGCUCUGCCCCAGUCCUGCUGCUUUCCUGGGAUGGACCAUUUCCCUCCGAGGCCUGGCUGAUGAGAAAAAUCCAAUUACCUGACGUUUCUAGAGCAAUUAGAUCUUUAAAGGCUCGAACAAAAGGCUCACUCCAGGCAAGGAGGAGUCUGUGCAUUUUUAUGAAGUGCUUUGAAUCUGACCCGUGUUUUGCUGAAGAUCCCAAAAAGUUCCCUCUUCGGUCGUGGAUUUAAAAGCAAUUCAUGGCUGUUAGUGUCAGCCUGUUCCCUUGGUUAUUACUCUUUUGUUCGAUGCUCCUUUGCUGCUGGGCUCUUCGUGUGCGUGUAGUGUGUGCUCUUACAAAUGGCUGCAGUAUGAAGAUAAAUGGGACCGGGUGCUGGAAUACUCUAACAGGAGAUUGGAAAUCAAUCCUUUGCUUUCCUUCUAAAUGAAUAUGGUCCAGCAGAGCACUGUUCCCCUACUGCUUCUCCAGCUAACGCUAUGACACGCUGCUGGGAAAGUCCUUCCAGCCAUUCCUCCGUGAUUCUUCCACCCUUUGGUAAAUGAAGGCAAAGCCUUUGGGUGACACGGAUCGCAGGAAGAGAAAUGCCUGGACAUGGGUUUCACAGCAUUGGUGCUGAAGAGAGCAAGGGAUGAGCUCGUUCUCCAUUGAGGGGUGCUCAUAGUGAAGUGGUUGUCAAACCUGGUCACCAAGGCCAUUCUGCCAUGCAUAGGAAGACUGCUUGUGGGUUGAGGGAAGGAUCCAGCCCAGGAGAACAUGACCUGGACCCAUCCCACUGCAAUGGAUGACCACACUCAGCACUGUGCCCAUGGUUUCUAUUUCGAAGUUCUCCUUUCCCUCUGUUGCAGCUCUCUUGGUUGUACCCUGUAGCUCUGAUUGGAAUGUUGUCCCAAAGCUGCACCAGUUGAUGUCUUUUCAAGAAGAAGGGCAAGAAGGGCUCAGUGCGUGGUGCUCAGUCUACUCCCUUUGUUUGUGUUGCUUUUAUUGUUUUGUUGUUCUCAUCUCCCUCCCUUACAACUUUUAUGGAGUGUUUUACUACUGGAAACAAUAAAGCUUUGGCUCUGGAA